UGCUCUCUGAUUCCCCACAGCGAUCAGAUGAGAGAGCUGCACGUUUCUCUGCGAGUCUCGGGUCCAUGUUGGCGUUGAUCUGCUGCUGGGUCAUUUCAGGCCACGUCUGUCCGAUCACAGGAGCAAACGCUGGUAUUACAGGCAUAUUUAAUAAAGGACAUACAAACAGACUGAGCUGCAGCUUCGAGUGCCAUUUGGGAAAACACCUGCUGAAUGAAAACGGUGUACGCUGCCGUGUCAGCUGCAAUACAAGGAUGCACUGUUUUCUUUAAAAACAAAGCUGUUUCUAUAAAGUGGUGCAGUUCCAACUUUGCAAGGACAGUCUGGCGCUUCUGACUCAAUCUAACAAGCUAGGCAGCUCUCAUGACAAGCUUUGGGGUGAAGUAAGGCAGGAUGUACUGUAAGAUUUUCAUGUUGGGAGGGAUUCGUGCAGCUCAGCCCUGGCAGGACUAAACGCCCCCCCGUCUUUCUGCCUCUGCUGCUUCACACGGCUGUGGGACGACUCCGAUAUCACGAAGAACAAGAUAUCAGCGAGUCUGUGGAUGACAACAGCAUGAUGUUUAAGGCCUAAUACACAGCAGUAUGUCAGAGCAAGCAGACAAAUGCACCUCCCGCUGGAAAGAUGAGGCCAUGCAGAAUGGGUACAUACCAAGUUACCUGGACAAGGAUGAGCUGUGUGUUGUGUGUGGGGACAAAGCGACUGGAUAUCAUUACCGCUGCAUUACCUGUGAGGGCUGCAAAGGUUUUUUUCGACGCACAAUUCAGAAGAACUUGAACCCGACAUACGCGUGCAAGUACGAGGGAAAGUGCGUCAUUGACAAAGUCACGCGCAACCAGUGCCAAGAAUGUCGCUUCAAGAAAUGCAUUGCUGUCGGCAUGGCAACAGACUUGGUGUUGGAUGACAGCAAGCGUCUGGCCAAACGGAAGCUGAUCGAGGAGAACCGCGAGCGGCGGCGGCGCGAGGAGCUGCAGAAGACGGUUUGGGAGCGACCCGAGCCCACACAGGAGGAGUGGGAGCUGAUCCGGGUCGUCACUGAGGCCCAUAUGGCCACAAACGCCCAAGGCAACCACUGGAAACAGAAGCGCAAGUUCCUGGUCGAGGAAGCAAUGCUACUUAAUGAAAUAACAUGUAAUUUAUUCUGUACUUCUGACCAGAGUGCAGUGGGGGUGAAGGAAGCCAAGCCUGAGGACAUCGGUUCUGCACCCAUCGUCAACGCACCAGAGGGGAGCAAAGUGGACAUAGAAGCCUUCAGUCAGUUUACAAAAAUUAUCACCCCCGCCAUCACUCGAGUAGUGGAUUUUGCCAAAAAGCUGCCCAUGUUCUGUGAGCUGCCUUGUGAGGACCAGAUCAUUUUGCUGAAGGGAUGCUGUAUGGAAAUCAUGUCUCUGCGAGCAGCAGUGCGAUACGAUCCCGAGAGCGAGACUCUGACACUGAACGGGGAGAUGGCUGUUACACGGGGCCAGCUCAAGAAUGGGGGUCUGGGUGUGGUCUCUGACGCCAUCUUUGAUCUGGGUGUCUCGCUGUCCUCCUUCAACCUGGAUGAUUCAGAGGUGGCGUUGCUACAAGCCGUGAUUUUGCUUUCCUCUGAUCGUCCAGGUUUGACGAGCGUAGAACGGAUCGAGCGCUGUCAGGAGGAGUUCCUCUUGGCCUUCGAACAUUACAUCAACUACCGCAAGCACAAGGUGUCUCACUUCUGGCCCAAGCUGCUGAUGAAGGUGACAGACCUGCGCAUGAUCGGUGCCUGCCAUGCCAGCCGCUUCCUGCACAUGAAGGUGGAGUGUCCCACUGAGCUCUUUCCGCCCCUCUUCCUGGAAGUGUUCGAAGACUGACAGCCAACCAGUCGGCCAAGCUGCUCCCACCAACACAACCUCCACAGAUCUGACCUCCCUCAGACUCCGUCUCCCUGUUCCCGGUCACAUGACUCUGUUCUAGCACUACUGAGCGUCUUUCAUUCCAUAGAUUUAGGAGUAGCUCUCUGGCCUAUUUUGAAUGGAACCAUUCCUCUUAAAAAGCGGGUACAUGUGAAUAGCGUUACAGUUUUUUUUUUUUUCUUUAACUCUUUGUAAAAAGAAAAAUCAGCUUUCUGUUACUCUAGGUUUUUUUUUUUUAUGUUAAAUUGUUUUGAUCAUAGUCUUUGAUGCCACUUAACAGAGAUAUAGUAAAUAUGCAUUUGGGUUUUAUGUCACACGCCAGGCCUCAGAAAGGAAAAAAAAAAGAACACCACACUGCGAAGGAGGACAGCAAUGUUUUGGUUUCCUUUCACGUCCUUUAUCUGUUGGUCUUUUCAUGCUCACAUUAAGCCAUAGAUUGUUUUUAGUUCUGGUCCAAACCCCAGUGAGCUGCCUGCCUAGACAACAUUUCAAGAUAAAAUAGGAGCAUCCUUAUAUUGAGACAGUAAAAAAGCAAUCACAAACGAGGGCUCUUGAAUAUCACAAUUGUGUUUUCUAGAUAAGAUUACUACAUGGAAAGCAAAUUGUGACUUGACCCAGCAGGCGCUGGGCGUCAUUAUAACAUCAGGUUGAUGUCGGACAGACGUUGCAUUUUGGUUGAGAGUGAAAACUGAGUUGAUGUUAGUAUUUGACUCCAAUUUGAUGUUGACUUUACGCUGGAUUUUGGUUACACAGCCUAAAAACAACAAACAUCAACGUCAGCUGAUGUCGGUACUGGACAUCAAAUAAAAAUUGGCAUUAGACAUUGAAUUGACAUCAAAAUUUA